CAUGAAAGAUUGCAGAGUAAAUUAAGUGAAUGCAGUAUUGCUGGUAAAAAAAAUCCAUGAAUAAUAAUGAUGAAUAUGCAGUAAAAACAUGAUUUUAUAAGGAGGCAGAAUGUGACAGGGCUGGAGGUUCACCUCUAAUGCUUAUAGAUAAAGUUGGCUAUAAACUAGACCCGCGCCACACACAGCCACCUGCCCUCAGCCCCCCCAAAGAAAGUCUUUGACAUGAAAAUGAUAUAUCUCCUCUGACAAUCCUAUCACAUCAUAGCGCCCCACACUCAUCCCCUCCCCAGCGCUGCUAUUGCACAGACCAAAUCGCAGGUUUUGAUACUGAUCAACUUAAAGUAAUGCCAGCUAAAUGUUGCUUUUGAAACCUCUCAAGUCUUACAGCUUUCUCCGUCAAUUGAAUGCCCAUCCAAGGUUUACUUUCAGUUUCUAAAAUGUUCUAUCUGUACCCUUUUGCCUCUCUAAGCAGCAGGUCUCUCCUUUUCUUUUGCCUGGCGCAGUUUACACAGUUGCUCAAUUUACCCAGUGUCCAAAACACAGACCAAAAGGUACUCAGAGUGUCAUGGUACUGGCUCUGUGACCAGGUGUUUUGUGUGUGUUUUAGUUAUAUUCUUUGAUUAUUGUAAUUCAUUUGGUUUUGGUUCUGCUUGUUUUCUAUUUUCAGUCCUAGGAUUUUGGACUUUGUCUCCAUGUUCCCUCUGUCUUCCAGUCAGUCGUGUUUCUGUCUCAGUGUCUCGUCUGCGUCUUUGUGUUUGUCUUGUGUUUUAUUUUGAUAGUUCAUGUCCUGUGUGCAGUGUAUCGGGUUUUGCUUCCCCUUGUUAGGUCUGAUUUGCCCCAGCUGUGUUAACACCUGUUCCCCAUCCUCUCGUUGUCCGGCUUGUGUUUAAGUCCUGUGUUUUUCUUUUAUAGUUGUCGUGUUGUAUCUGCUUCAUUUUGUGUGUUGUCUCUUUGUUCCCUGGUUUGAAGUGUUAAUUCUGAGUUUCCAAGUUCAGGUUUUUCUUUUUGUUUGUUUUUCAUGAGUUUAUUUAAUGGAGUGUUUUUCCCAGCAAUAAAGCUGCCGUAUUAAGUUACGUUUCCGUGUUCGAGUCCUGCAAUUGGGUCCUUCCUCCUGCCUGCCCCACAGCAAACCUUGACACCGAGGGAAACGGCACUUGUCCCUCCUACUUAUUGUGGAGUGUAACCUUUGUUUUCUUCAGAGAUUUCAUGCGCGAUGACAGACAGAACUGCAUAGUGAAAGUGAAGCUUAUGAGGAACCAUGAAGUCAUUAUUCCAUAGCAAGACGUUAGUCUGCUCAGUGUUCUUCAAGGCAGAUGUCCUCCCAGAUGCAUACUACAACCAGACUGCCCUUACUCUUUCAAUGAGGUGCUGUUGUGCUAUUAGCGAGGCGUACACAGGCACCGACAUCUUGAGCGAGCAACAAGUAUUCAGUCACUGCUCUAGGUUUAAUCUGGACAUUCAUUCUGCUGUUGCUGGAGACCGUUUGAACUAAACAUGUAUGGCCCUCCAGUGGAUCUUUCUUUUAAAAAUCUCAGCAAUGUUGCAGGUGCGUUGGGAGAGCUGCCCCGAAGUCUGCUCCGCCCCUUAACCACAAACUCAAAGGGGAAGUACCUGAGCUGCUCUCUGCGUCUCAGUAAUAACAGCCUCACCGACCUCGUUGGCCUCCAGUACACGAUCAACCACUUUUUUGCACAACCAUCAAAGCUUGGAUGGUUGGAUCUGUCCUUCAACAAAAUCACCUGCAUAGAACCUGUUUUGUGCGAGCUGAAAGAACUGCGUGUGCUGUAUCUUCAUGGCAACAGCAUCUGGAACCUGUCAGAAGUGGACAAGCUGAGAGAGCUCCAGCAUCUGCACACAAUCACAUUGCAUGGCAAUCUCAUAGAAACAAGCAAAGGCUACAGGAAUUACGUGAUUUCUGUAUUGCCUCAGCUGAAGAAAAUGGACUUCAGCGGUGUGACACGAGACGAGCGGGUCAUGGCAGAUAUCUGGCGUUCUCACGGCACCAAAAAAACCCCAAGAUCAUUAAGUGUUUCUGCUGAAUAAAAAUG